AUGGAGGACAACAUCACAUUUGAUGCUUUGACCUCCCAGAUUUUGAUGACACCGCCAACCUUCAACUUUUCUUACUGUACCCCCAAUGCCACUGUCUGCAAUGGCACCUCCUGUGUGUUGCCCUUUGAUGAUCCUAACAGGAUUUUGAGUGUGACUUUAAGUACUGUCCUAACAAUCAUGUUGGCAUUGGUAAUGUUCUCCAUGGGCUGCAACGUGGAGCUACCGAAAUUUUUAGGACACAUUAAAAAGCCCUGGGGCAUUAUGGUUGGUUUUCUCUGCCAGUUUGGGAUUAUGCCUCUUACUGGUUUUGUGCUGGCACUUGCUUUUGAAGUUCUUCCUAUACAAGCUGUUGCAGUGAUCAUUAUGGGAUGUUGUCCUGGAGGAACCGCUUCCAAUAUUUUAGCCUACUGGGUCGAUGGUGACAUGGACCUUAGCAUUAGCAUGACAACAUGUUCUACCCUGCUGGCCAUGGGAAUGAUGCCACUUUGUCUCUUUAUUUACACGAAAAUAUGGACAGAUUAUGGCUCCAUUUUGAUCCCCUAUGACAGUAUUGGCAUUUCAUUGGUAGCCCUGGUAGUUCCUGUUUCAAUAGGAAUACUCGUUAAGCACAAAUGGCCUGCAAUAGCUAAAACCAUAUUAAAGAUUGGUUCUAUUAGCGGUGCAAUUCUUAUUGUCCUCAUAGCUGUGGUAGGAGGAAUUUUAUACCAGUCAUCGUGGACAAUCACUCCUCAACUCUGGAUUGUUGGAACCAUCUUUCCAGCAGCUGGUUAUUCGCUGGGCUUUUUCUUUGCUCGCUUAGCUGGCCAGUCUUGGGACAGAUGUCGAACAGUGGCUCUAGAAACAGGAAUGCAAAACACUCAGUUGUGUACCACAAUUGUGCAGCUCUCCUUCAGCCAAGAACAAUUGGAUUUAAUGUUUACUUUCCCACUCAUCUACAGUAUUUUCCAGCUGACAUUUGCAGGUCUAAUCUUGGGAGGCUAUCAGAUUCACAAAAAGUAUUUCGCUGAUCAAAGGAAAGACUUGUGUGGUGUAGAAAAUGAACCUGCAUCAUUGCCGGCACCAAUGUACUCAACAAUGAAUGGAGGAUUUAUGACUGAAGAGGUAGAAGCAGAAACUCCGGUUUCAGGAAUGGCUAAUGGGAACCUGUAA